CCAUGUUACGAAAUAUUAUAGCAAUUUCUAAAAUCCUUUUUCCAAUUAUCUUUUCAGCCAAUCUGUUAAUAUAUCUAACUACCUGUAUGAGAGCGGUAAUUAGAAAACGAAGGUUAUUAUAAUGACAAAACUGAGGGAACAAAAAUGUAUAGAGGAAGAAACAAGCAAACGAUAUGCUUUACUUAUGUGGAAUCACAGUUUUGUAAAUGAAUGUAAUUUACAUUUUUUGUUUGGAAAUUGAUAACGUAGAUUAAACCUAACACUGAGAGGAAAAUACCGCCAGUGACGGAAGUUGGAAGUUAUGACCAGUCAUCGUUCCCAGGUGGCGUUUGGCCGGAAUUUUAGCCUGCAGAAGGAGCUAGAGGACAAAUACCUGAACAUUCGAAGGCGAUUCAGAUUUUCUCGCAGACGACAAGAAGCAUUCGAAGAAGAAUGCGUCGAGAGCCUUUAUAAGUUACUUCUUUAUUCCAAAGAAAGGCAGAAAGACGAGAAUCCGCCGACAGAGGAUAAAACACCGCCCCCGGAAAUAUCGGCAUCGAAAGUGCGCCAAAAUGGUGGCGCAAAGUCGGUUCCACCGCCGACUCGUCCUUAUUCAGUGUUUGAGAUUGCAAAAAAUCCAGAGCUAGCCCAGGAUAUGACGAAGCGCCCAGCAACAGCUUUGUCACUGUCGAUGUCAGCAAAGACUUACACACAGUCGUACAGUUUUUCCAAAGACGGAAUGAACAUUGGUCUUACAAGACGGGAACGUUUCAUGAGAACGAAAUCACUUAAGGAGAAGAGUGAAAAUAACUCUAACGUUGUGUUUGAACAUGAGAAAAAUAAAGAUCGGUACGAGUUUGAGGAAAAGGAAGAUAACCCGGGGAGAGACAAUUUCCUUGAAUCUAUUGACAAAGAGAACAACAAAUUCACAAAAAAGCUUGCGUUAUCUACUUCUCCAGGGCAAUCGCUCGAAUCUAGGAAAUCCUCAACAAUACCAAGUAAGCAUGGUAACACUUUGCGAACUACGCCAACGGCUACUAAGACAUCAGUGGAUCUUUACCGUGCCAACACACCGUCCGUACAUGUAAUCCCGGCACGUGUGUCUUCAUCUCUCAACACAGAACCGUUUGAUGACGUUGAUGGUCAAUUUCACCAUGAACAAAAGGCGACCUCUGCUGAUGGAACACUUCGUGUUCCGGGUAAACCAAUGUUACGUGCAAAUUCCACGUUACCGCAACGGCGUUCUGGGACGCCAUUAAAGACAGUGGUUACGGAGUCAAGACUCGAUUCGACAGGACACAAGUCGCCGAUAUCAGUAAGAAUUACGCAAACAGUAGCUGACACACCUAUGGAACAUGAUCGGGGUAUGUACAGCGCUACUCCACGUCCGGACACAUCUUUUGACCACAUCGAGGAAGAACUAAUUCCCUUAACUGAUGACGAUAAUGAACAUCUUAAUAAGCUCACCGGUUACCGUGGUAACGAUAACACAAUUAGCAGACUCGGUGCAAAAAGUGCAAUUCCAUUUAAGGAAACCGAAAAGAUUGAUUUGCUCCACGUAUCUGCGGAAAAAGCUGAAACUUUCCUCAAAGAUUACUCCAAAAAGUCCAAAAUAUUCGGAUACGUCGUAAAAACGCGGACCUCAACGAUUGCUCCUAAAGAACGUCUACGUUCCUAUCGUUCUCCUUGCAUCACGUACCAGGAGCUCGUCUCUAUCAAGGCGAACAUCCGACAGCACCAGGCGCAUACCAAGACUCUUCUACAAAGCAGUGCUAAGCUUAGCUCGUACGUUGACACGCUGGCAAACGCUAGUCUGGUGCGAGCACACCGGGAAUCGUUGUUACGUAACCAAUAGGGAGUUUAGUUUAGUUUAUACCAAUUCAUUUAAAGGCCUAGAUUAAGGAAUGUUCGGCAUGAUAAUCCUCUGCAGUGCAUCUUCUGCUAAUUGCGCUGGUGUCACAGUAGAGGCCAAUUUCCUGUGUAUUCGUUUAUUGGCUCAGGGCCAUUUAGGGUCCAUUUAUAUGAUAAAACAUCCAAAACUGCACAACAGGAUACUCAGAUUGGAGAUCUGAUAAGCCAAUUAGGCAAUAAGAUUUAGAUCAAUUAACAGAGGUUGUGUACAAAUACACGGUUUUGUUUGU